CCUUGGCGGUGCUGAUGAACUGCUCAGUGCCUUCGGUGGACUUGAUGUUGUGCUCACCCAGACGCACCUGCAUGCGUAAGACAGGGGGUAAGACAGAGAAUAGAGAUGCUCAGGAGAUGGAACCCAGGUGAUAGAACCCUUCCUUCCUCACGCCUGCUGUCGGCACACCAGCGUACUCACACUGAAUGGGCACAGCAGACCAAAGCAUGUCCUCGGGCUACCUCAAACGACCACACGCCGCAUAGAAAGGCACACCUCACGGCCGAUCGCCAUAAAGUACAAGAUGCCGCCCCUCUGGAGGAGGACGACAAGAUCGUUGGAGGGUAUGAGUGCAAGAAGAACGCUCUGCCCUACCAGGUCUCUCUGAACUCUGGAUACCACUUCUGCGGAGGUUCCCUGAUCAGCAGCACAUGGGUUGUGUCUGCUGCCCAUUGCUACAAGUCCCGCGUUGAGGUGCGUCUUGGUGAGCACAACAUUGCUAGCAAUGAGGGCACUGAGCAGUUCAUCAACUCCGCCAAGGUCAUCCGCCACCCCAGCUACAACAGCGGCAACCUGGACAAUGACAUCAUGCUGAUCAAGCUGAGCAAGCCCGCCACCCUCAACAGCUACGUGAAGGCCGUGGCCCUGCCCUCCAGCUGUGCCAGCUCUGGAACCCGCUGCCUGGUCUCUGGCUGGGGCAACACCAGCGGAAGUGGCAGCAACUACCCUGACCGCCUGAGGUGCCUGGAUCUCCCCAUCCUCAGCGACAGCUCUUGCAGAAGCGCCUACCCUGGUCAGAUCACCUCCAACAUGUUCUGCGCUGGAUUCAUGGAGGGAGGCAAGGACUCUUGCCAGGGUGACUCUGGUGGCCCGGUGGUGUGCAACGGAGUGCUGCACGGUGUUGUGUCCUGGGGCUACGGCUGUGCCAUGAAGAACAAGCCCGGUGUCUACGCCAAGGUGUGCAACUACAAUUCCUGGAUCAGCAGCACCAUGUCCUCCAACUAAAUUUCAUGUUGAGGAUACGACUAACAUGCAGUAGAGCUCAUACCAACAGCUCUUCAGUCAAAUUUCAAUAAAAAAAACACCUAUGUUGAAAUGA